AUGGCUUCGGAAAGAGCAGAUGGAAGUAGCACCUCUACCACCAAUGCGCCUGCGUACGAACACGACGAGAAGACGCCGCUGCUCAACCACUCAAAUGGUCCGUUCGAACAAUCAAAGCCUAAGAAGCGAUGGCUAUUUCCCAAGCGCGUUUAUGAGGGGAUUGUUGGAGGUGUUGCGGUGCUACUAAGCCCCAUUGUCUACACGGGCCAGUACCUGGUCGCAUGCUUCUAUUACGAAGAGGAUGGACGCUUCUCCUUGGCGGCGCCCUUGUAUCAUAUGACACGAGUCAUCAGAGGUCCGCGACGGAAGAAAACAACCUCGAAGGCAAUGCGCUCGUCUGAAUCCGCUGACAGCAAUGGAAUGGGGCAGCGUGGAAGUAGGCGGCUGAGUGUCACACAGUCUCAGACGCGAAAAUUGACACGACGGUCUCCCUCGAUUGCCUCGACGUCGACAGCCAUCACGUCUGACUCCGAGAUCGAACCUGAUCGACCACGCACGCGCGACGAGGAUGUAGACUUUCCGUCACGCCACACCCGCUCCAAGUCAAAUGCCUCAUCGGCUGGCGAGGAGAUCGCCCCAGCGAAGCGAUCCAUCCGAAUCAAGCUGCAUAACGAAGACGCACUGAGACAGCGCAAGGCGGCGAAGAAUGCGCAGUCGAACAGCCAGGUGUCGCCAGAAGCAGCGAAUGCACUCAAAUCCCCUACCGGGCCCAUGACUGCUGCUGCAAAGCACAAGUUCCCGCGAGCGCCGCAACCCCCACGCCCGCUAGUACCACGACGACAACCGUCCUACUCUGCAAAAGGAGCAUCUGCUGUUGGACCUCAUCAGAAGACACUCAUCCUCGAUCUUGAUGAGACUUUGAUUCACAGUAUGGCGAAGGGUGGUCGCUUUCAGACCGGCCAUAUGGUGGAGGUGAAACUCCAGGCCUCGGUUGGCGCAGGCGGGCAGAUCAUCGGCCCUCAGGUGCCCAUUCUAUACUACGUUCAUAAGCGACCAUUUUGUGACGAGUUUUUGAAGAAGAUCUCGAAGUGGUACAAUCUCAUUAUAUUCACGGCCUCCGUCCAAGAGUACGCCGAUCCUGUCAUCGACUGGCUAGAGGUUGAGCGCAAGUAUUUUGCCGGUCGAUACUACCGCCAGCACUGCACUUUCCGUAAUGGCGCAUACAUCAAGGAUCUCGCUCAGGUGGAGCCUGAUCUUAGCAAAGUCAUGAUUCUGGACAACAGUCCCAUGAGCUACAUCUUCCACGAAGACAACGCCAUUCCUAUCGAAGGCUGGAUUAGCGACCCUACAGACUACGAAUUGCUGCACCUCAUUCCUUUGCUUGAAGGUCUGCAGUACGUAACUGAUGUGCGCGCGCUGCUUGCCCUUCGCCAAGGGAUGCCGUCGUCGGCCUGA